GUUAUCUUGGAUUAUGGAACUUCCGAGUGAUAUUAUUGAUGAAUCAAAUGUCUCAGCAGUGGAGAAAGGCGAUGUGGUCUUUAGUUCUAAUUUGGCCCUUUCCUCGAAUCCUCUGAUUGAUUUGACACAAAGGGUAUUAGCUGAGUUUAUUGGAAUGUAUAUUAUUAUGUUUGCUGGUAGUGGGUCGAUAGUGGUGAAUAAGCUUUAUGGUGGCACAAUCACUUUUCCUGGAAUAUGUCUAACAUGGGGACUAAUCGUCAUGGCUAUGAUUUACUCCCUUGGUCAUGUAUCCGCCCACUUCAAUCCUGUUGUCACCAUUGCCUUCGCUCUCUUGGGUUUGUUUCCUUUUAAGGAGGUGUUCUUUUAUAUAGUAUCACAAAUUUUGGGAGCAACUCUGGCUAGCGGGACAGUGGUGUUGAUUAUAGACAUAAACCCGAAAGCUUUUUUUGGAACUAGACCAUCUGGCUCAAUCAUGCAAUCGUUUGUUGUCGAGAUCAUUAUUACUUUCAUCAUGAUGUUCAUUGUUUCGGGUGCCACUAAUGAUCAUAGGGCGAAUAAAAAGUAUGGAGGGAUUGUAGUUGGUAUGACUAUAACACUAAACGUCUUAGUAGCAGGACCGAUAUCCGGAGGAUCGAUGAAUCCAGCAAGAAGCCUUGGACCAGCCAUCGUACUCCAUAGUUACAAAGGAAUUUGGGUGUACAUAUUUGGUCCACUCAUCGGGGCAAUUGCAGUUCCGGAUGCUGCUCCUGCAUCAUACGCUCUGGUUCCCAGGGAUGCUCCACAUUACAAAAAGGAUGGCUACAAUGAUUUCAAUACAUUCUACAUGCAGGCAGCUUCAGGUACUAAAGGUGGUUCAAGUGGGUCCCCAGUUGUUGAUUGGCAAGGACGAGCUGUUGCCUUAAAUGCUGGAAGCAAAUCUUCAAGUGCUUCAGCAUUCUUCUUACCUUUAGAACGAGUGGUUAGGGCUCUAAAUUUCUUACAAAAGGGAAAAGAUUCAUUUCAAGAUAAAUGGGAAGCUGUUACAAUACCACGUGGCACCCUUCAGACAACAUUUAUCCACAAAGGAUUCGAUGAGACCCGUAGACUUGGUCUUCAAAGUCAAACAGAGCAGUUAGUUCGCCUUGCAUCUCCUCUAUCCGAAACUGGAAUGCUCGUUGUUGAUUCUGUAGUACCUAGUGGGCCAGCUCAUAAAAAGUUAGAGCCAGGUGACGUACUCAUCCGCAUGAACAACGAGGUAACUACUCAGUUUCUAAAAAUGGAAACUCUACUCGACAACAGCGUUGACCAAAACGUUGACUUAGAACUCGAAAGAGGCGGGAAACCUUUGACUGUGAAAUUAACAGUUGAAGAUUUACACUCGAUAACCCCAAACUAUUUCUUGGAAAUCAGUGGAGCUGUGAUACACCCUCUUUCAUAUCAACAAGCUAGAAACUUUCGGUUCCAAUGUGGUCUUGUUUAUGUCUCGGAACCUGGUUACAUGUUUUUUAGAGCUGGAGUCCCGAAACAUGCCAUUAUUAAAAAGUUUGCAGGUGAAGAGAUUUUAAACCUUCAAGACUUUAUAAAUGUUGUAUCUAAGCUUUGUAAAGGAGGUAGGGUUCCAUUGGAAUAUAUAAGCUACACAGAUCGACAUAGGAGGAAGUCUGUUUUAGUUACUGUUGAUCGACAUGAGUGGUAUGCAUCCCCUCAGAUUUACACUCGUGAUGAUAAUUCUGGUUUAUGGAUUGGAAAUCAAGCUCUUCCUCAUGGAUGCAAUUUUUUAUCUUGUGGGACAAAAGUUAAUGGAGUUUUGGUUAAUGGUGUUAAAACUGAAGAUGGAUCUGACACUGGAGUAAAGAAACGGAGGGUAGGUGAAGAGUUGUCUGAUUAUAAUUUAAAUGAAGAACCGAUAAUUGAGAGUCAGGAAGAUGGUAUAAUUACAACAGCUGAUUUUGGUAAUGCUUCUGUUUCUGAGCGUGUGAUAGAGCCUACCCUUGUCAUGUUUGAGGUUUAUGUACCAUCAUCAUGUAUGCUAGACGGGGUCCACUCACAGCAUUUUUUCGGAACCGGUGUCAUCAUACAUCAUUCUGAAAACAUGGGAUUAGUUGCUGUUGACAAAAACACAGUCGCCAUAUCAGCAUCUGACAUCAUGCUAUCAUUUGCAGCCUUUCCUGUUGAAAUCCCGGGUGAAGUUGUCUUCCUCCACCCUGUUCACAACUAUGCUCUCGUGGCAUAUGACCCUUCAGCAUUAGGGCCCACAGGAGCUUCUGUAGUCCAAGCUGCUCAACUUCUUCCUGAACCUGCAUUAAGACGUGGUGAAUCUGUAUACCUAGUGGGAUUAAGUAGAAGCUUACAAGCAACAUCUAGAAAAUCAGUUGUAACAAAUCCAUGUGCUGCUUUAAAUAUCAGCUCAGCAGAUUCUCCACGCUACAGAGCAACAAAUAUGGAAGUAAUCGAACUCGACACCGAUUUUGGGAGCAGUUUUUCGGGAGUGUUGACUGAUGAACAAGGAAGAGUGAAAGCCAUAUGGAGUAGCUUUUCAACCCAAGUGAAAUAUGGUAGCUCAUCUGAAGAUCAUCAGUUUGUUAGAGGUGUUCCGAUAUAUACAAUAAGCCAAAUACUCGAAAAGAUUAUAACAACCGGUGGAAAAGGACAAAAAGGACCCUGUCUUCUGAUUAAUGGGAUCAAAAGACCGAUGCCUUUGGUUAGAAUUUUGGAGGUGGAGCUUUACCCUACUUUGCUUUCUAAAGCUAGAAGCUUUGGGCUGAGUGAUGAUUGGAUUCAGGAACUUGUGAAAAAAGAUCCCGUCAGGCGUCAGGUUUUACGGGUCAAAGGUUGUUUAGCUGGAUCUAAAGCCGAGAAUCUGUUAACACAAGGUGAUAUGUUGUUGGCUGUUAAUAAAAAAGCAGUUACGUGUUUUCGUGAUAUUGAAGACGCGUGUCAAGAAUUGGAUUUAUUAGAUGAUGAGGUGGAAGGGGGAAGACUUUUGUUGACUGUUUUUCGUCAGGGGUGUGAAAUGGAAAUUCUUGUGGGGACAGAUGUGAGAGAUGGGAAUGGGACAACGCGUGUGAUUAAUUGGUGUGGAUGUUUCUUACAGGAUCCGCAUCCGGCUGUGCGUGCACUCGGGUUUUUGCCAGAUGAAGGACAUGGUGUGUAUGUGACAAGGUGGUCUCAUGGGAGUCCUGUGCAUAGGUAUGGGUUGUAUGCUCUUCAGUGGAUUGUCGAAGUUAAUGGGAAACCAACUCCUGAUUUGGAAGCCUUUGUGAAUGUAACAAAGGAAAUAGAAAAUGGGGAAUUUGUACGUGUGAAAACAGUGUAUUUGAAUGGGAAGCCACGGGUGCUGACAUUGAAACAGGACUUGCAUUAUUGGCCUACAUGGGAACUGAGGUUUAAUCCAGAAACUGCCAUGUGGCAGCGAAACACGAUUAAAGCAUUACAAACUAUAAAAGAUGUUUGAAGUCAAAGAAUUGUGAUUUGUGGGUGGGUAUUUAUUGAUACAGAAAGGGUGCAAAAUGAUGUAUAUUGUGUUAGAUUAUGAGGGGGAUGAUAUACAUUAUACAAGGACCGGUGUUUGUUUUGGUGGUGGUAGUAGUGCUAGUUUUAGGUAGAUUGAAAGACGUAGGAGUAUUGAAGUUUUUCAAGGAACUAACUUAAUGUUUAUACUUCAUACAAUGGAUGUUGUAGCUGUAUUUAUAGUUUCAGAUUUUUACAAUUAUGGUAUUUUUUUUUUUCUGACUAUGAUAAUUCCGUGAAGUUAAAGUUUUGUAUGAUAUUUAAUAAUAGCCAUCAUAUGUUCUAUUAAGAUACAGAAGAUGAAUCGUUG